GUGGUGGAACAAUGGUCUUACUAUGGGCUUUCUAUACUAACGACUGUUUGUAUACUAUACACACAUCGAGUAUUAUAAAGAGUUGGUCUGAUGUUUUGUUUGUUCAUUCGGAACCAGGAAAGUAUUACAAGUAUGUGGUCAUAGGUACAGGAGAAGCUGCUAGGGAAGCUGUUGAAGUGAUACGUACAAAGGAUCCCAAUGGUUCCCUAUUCAUAUUGUCUGAUAAGACUAUGGAAGAGUACAGCAGACCCAGUUUCCAGUCUUUGUUGAGUUCUUCUCUUGUCAGAAAAGAGGAAAGGAACCAGCACUCUUCUGAGAAAGAAGGCUCUUUCUUCGUUGAAACAAGUCAAGUAGGAAGCAAUAAUUUUUCUGAUUUUCAACCAACAGUAUCCGAUAGAGUAGAGAAAUUGGAUAUUGCUCAUAACAGGAUUCUGCUAAGUGGUGGAGAAUGGGUUCGUUAUGGAAAGUUGUUAUUAAGUCCUGCUGAUUAUUUGGAGUUGCCUUGGGAUAUUCUGGUUGCCAAGGACUGUACUAACUAUGUUCACUGGAGAAUAUGGGAAUUAGAUAAAGAAGAGUUGAAUAAGUUGUCUAGUGGUUGGACUGCCAAGUCGAAUUCUUUGCCUCAUAUUACUAUUGUAGGCGGUGGUUGGUAUGCAGUUGCUUAUGUUUGCAAGUUGAAGCAAUUAGGGUUUCCUAUUACUAUGGUAUUCCCAGAACCUUCUAUUUCAGCACGAUAUCUUCCAAGAUAUCUUUGUGACUACAUUUCUAGCAAGUUGAAAGCAAAAGGAGUGGAUUUGGUUUCCUAUGCUUUGAUUCGCUAUGUUUCCAAGUCACCUUCUUCAACCGAGAGCCAUCUUCAUGUACAUAUUUCGAGAACUUAUGAUUCCACCAAUAUUGGCUACUUUGAUACCGACUAUCUUUUUUUUGUUCCUACUCAUAUGUCUAGUGGCUUGUUGAGAUGGUCAGCUGAUGUAGAGGACAUAUUAGAGAUGGAUGUUUUGAAUGGUGGAAUAUUAUGUAAUGCAGAACUUUUGGCAGCUUCGGAUGUUUAUGUUGCAGGUUCAGCUGUAUCCUUUCCUAAUCGUUUUAUUGGAAGAAGAAGAGAACAGGGUUCUGAACAUAAUCUAUUGAGUGGCCGAGUAGUUGGUGUGAAUAUGAGUGGAGGUAGAGAGUAUUAUCGUCACAUACCGAUGAGAGAAAUGGAGUUGAGUGAUAUUUGCAUGCCAAUGUUUCUAUUUGGCGAUAUCGACUCUUCUUAUGAUAGUGCUAGUUACUUUCAUGUGGACCAUUAUCUUCGUCAACAAAAGAAGAUAAGAGAUUGGAAUGUCAUUCCUAUUGGUGGUUUAUCGCGUUAUUUGGAUGGAGUUGAACGAGGAGUUUUAUUCUUUUUGAGAGAUAAUCAAGUUGUUGGCAUAUGUUUAUGGAAUGUGACAGAUUCCAAUUCUCAUCAAAUGGCUCGCACCCUUGUACGAGAUGCAGUUCCAGUAUCUGCAUCCAAUUUACGUCAAAUAGCAUCUCAGUUGUUGUUGUGUGAAACAAAAGAUGAACAGUUGAUUGAGAAGAGUAGUCUUGGAAGAACAACACAUCCAUAUCAGUCUCAUUAUGGUGGACCCUUGAAUAGGAAUCAUAAUCAUUCCUCUCUUCCAUUCUAUUCAACCAAAACAUCAAGCUCCAAGCAUCUGACCACUAGUUUAGAUCCGAAAAAGAAUGAAAUAUUAUGGGAAACCAAAGACUAUUUCGUUAGUGGAAGAACACAGAAUGACUUGAAAAAUCAAGCCUUUAGAAAAGCCAUUUUGGGUUACUAAUUCAUUUUGAACUGGAAAAAUGGGCGAAGAGGAGUGUGAAUAAGAAAUGAUUUUGCUUUCGUGAUGAGCAACCAACCAGACAGUUAGUUGACUUGUAAAGUCUUG